GUAAUAUGGCUCCGAAUCAAAAUCCAACGCCAAGUUCGAUCAAUAUAAUAUGCGAUGUGACGUAAAUGGAACGCCAUGGCGUUCACUAAAUAUUUACUUAUGUAAAAAAUGUUUUGUAUAGUGGUCUAAAAGUGUUAAGUGGUAUAUUUUGUGAAAAUUUUCAAAAUCUGCGCUAUGAAUUAUUAUUUUCCAUUAAAUCACUCCGAUUCACGCAGGAAAUCCUUUCAAUGAUUAGAUUAAAGUCUUGGUGAAUCUAAUAUGAACACAAAUGGAAGUUCGAGCAAUGGAGCUGACCAGAUUACCAUGGUGGUGGGUUCUCCAACGGCAUUGUCCGUACAAUCAGAUGAUGAUGAUGACCAGUGUUCUUCAUCCCCGGGCUCUACUUAUGAAAGUAACACAGACCUCAUGGCUGCAGCUAUGGGUGAUGAGGUUACAGCACAGUUGGCCGCAGCUGGUCCAGUUGGAGUCGCGGCAGCAGCAGCCAUUGUGUCAUCCAAAAAGCGAAAGAGACCACAUUCAUUUGAAACAAAUCCAUCUAUUAGAAAACGCCAACAAAACCGUUUACUCCGAAAAUUAAGGCAAACUAUCGAUGAGUUUGCCACGAGAGUAGGCCAACAAGCAGUCGUUUUAGUAGCAACUCCAGGAAAACCAAAUACCAGUUACAAAGUGUUUGGAGCAAAACCACUGGAGGAUGUAAUAAAGAAUUUAAAAUCCACUAUUAUGGAGGAGUUAGAAAAUGCUCUUGCAAAUCAAGCUCCCCCGCCAAUUCAAGAUGACCCUACUCUGUUUGAGCUGCCUCCUUUGAUCAUAGACGGUAUUCCAACACCAGUCGAAAAGAUGACUCAAGCUCAAUUGAGAGCAUUUAUUCCACUUAUGUUGAAAUAUUCGACAGGCAGAGGUAAACCAGGGUGGGGCAAGGAGUCAACUAGGCCUCCUUGGUGGCCAAAGGAACUUCCUUGGGCCAAUGUCAGGAUGGACGCUAGAAGCGAGGAUGAGAAACAAAAGAUUUCAUGGACUCAUGCUCUCAGGCAAAUAGUAAUCAACUGUUACAAAUUUCAUGGGCGCGAAGACCUUUUACCAGCGUUCACUGAAGAAGAUGAAAAGGCCAAUGCCGCGGCGACGUCGAACGCUAAUUGCAAUUCGGUGGGAGUAUUAAAAAUGCACUCGUCAGGUGUGCCCACCCACAAGAUACAGAUCCAAGCUAACGGGUCGCCUCAGAUUAUUGCCGCCUCUCCCGAAGGCAUGUCUGGAUCGUCCACUCAGGUCUGCCUCGACCCCGGAGGCUAUAGCUCGGACGUGGACAUCACAACGCAAUAUGCCCCUACAGUAUUGCAUACAAUUACAAAUCCUGAUGGUACUGUCAGUAUUGUACAAGUAGAUCCUAAUAAUCCCAUAAUUACCUUACCAGACGGGACAACCGCUCAUGUGCAAGGAAUGGCGACGUUGCAGUCUGGGAAUGGCGAUGGUACACCGGUACAUACCAUUCAAGCUAUUAGCGAUGGUGGUUCUCAGGAAGUUGUUGACUUAAACUCAGUCACUGAAGCAACCCUCAAUUCUGAUGGUCAGAUCAUCUUAACAGCAGAAGACGGUCAUGCCACCCUGAAUACUGAGGGUCAAAUCAUAUUGACUGGUGAGGAUGGACAGGUGAGCGGUGUGAUAACGGUUCCUGUAUCAGCCUCGAUGUACCAAACCAUGGUGGCAAACAUCCAACAAUUACACACAAAUAGUGAUGGUACUGUUUGUGUAACGCCGGUUGUACAAGUACCAAAGGUAAAGAUUGAGCCGAACAACGGUGAUAAUAUAGAGACAUUAACCGUUACGCCUAGUGGCAUAAAUACACAUACAAUGAUGAUUCAGGGUUCUGGAGGUGAAGCUCCUCAAGUACUACAAGUUUUAUCGUUAAAAGACGCAACAGUGCUAACAAAAGCGAUGCAAGGUAUUACAGAUGUUAAAACAGAAGAAACGAUAAUAAGUGAAUAAUUCUGACCAUAAUGUUUGUGUUGCACAUAAUUGUACAUAAACUAAAUUCUUACAGUUCAUUUUUAAUGGGUAGAAUACAUACGGGAUAGUUUAUUUUAUAUAUGUAAUUUAAUCGAAAAUUAAACCUAACUGAUGAGAAAUAUGGAGUGUCCCAGAAAAAUAUGAACAGAAUUCUACCAGAUAAUCCUAGUUAGUCAUCAAAUCUUUUAGUUCUUAGAAAAUGAAUGUUUUUAUUUAUCAUUAAAAGUUGGGUUGAAGUGUCGCUAAUAAAUUCUGCAUCAUAUAGAUUUUUUUUAUAAAUUGACUUAGGUGAAGCUUGACGUUAAUAGAAUUUAAACUGUUUCUUGCUUGCACCUGUAAAAUGUAUCCUUUUUUUUUGUAUUAAAGGUCUAAAAAAUAUUUUGAAAAACGUAAAUAUGGUUUGACCAACAUAUGAACUACCUUCAGUUAUUUUUGGUUCCACCUGAAAUGGCUAAUAAAUAUUUUUCCUAGAUGGUUAAAAAUUAUAAUAAUAUACUGAUAUAAAAAUCUAAUAUAAUGCGAACUUAUCUGUUAUCACUGUAGUUUUUUUCGGGAAGCUCUAUAUAAUUAAUUGUAGUUAGUGGUUAUGUACUUAGUUACAGGAAAUAAUUCAGCAUUAGUUAACAUAAACUACCCUGUACGAAAAAGAAAGUUUUAAUUUUUAUUUGUAUAAAUCAUAUUUAGUACUGAUCUAUUGGUGUAAAUGUUCAACAUUUUUAUGAUGCUUACUUUCGAUCUGAUACUUUGCUGUAUAAGAUGAAAUUGAAGUAAGGCAAAUAUAAUAAUAAUGUAAGAAUCUAUUUUUACACUUGUAUGGUAUUUAAAUGUAAUAUCAGUUAAUUUUCAAAUUCAUCUUAUAAGCAAGGUUAUUAUUAACUGCUAAAUUAAAAGGAUAUAGGGACUAAACGAUUUUAUUAUUUUUUUUUUUACGCGAGUAACCUUAUAGGCGGGAGAAUUUAUUAUUUUAAUUAUUUCUUUUUAUUUUUUCAAUUAUCUUGUGGUCCAUUUAUCCUCCUAAGUAUUUUUAGCCAAAACAAGUUGAAUUUUAGUUUUUAAGCUUUAAUUUUUAGUAGUCACGUAGGAUAAGUCACAACAACUGUUUAAAGGAUUGCAGGUUUGAUACAUUUUUUUUCUUUAUACAUAUAUUUGCUCUAGUAGAGAGUGACCCUUAUUCAUUAUUUAUUAGCUUCUUUCAUACCAGAGUGAUUACAUGAUUUUUUAUAUCUAAUUUGUAAUUCUGCAAAAAUUCCCUUAUAUAUACAAAAAACAAUAAAUCUUUAGAGAGGUGUAUUAUUACAAGUUAAAAUUAAAUAUUUUUGAAAUCAAUGUUGAUUUUAUGUCAGUACCCACCUUAACAAGUUUUAUCAGUUAUAUUUUUAAUGAAAAUAUGUGUAUAUAAUAGGUUUUAACAGAUAAUCAUUGAAACUAAAUGGAGAAUUAGUGUAUAUUCCUCAAUCACAGCUGCUAUAAGAUAAAGAGAACUGUAUGGCUAUACUACUAUUAGGUCAUAGGAUAGUAAUAAGAAAAAACAACUGGGAUAUAUCAAAAUAAAAAAAAACUUCCUAUAUGAUUUUAUUGCAUUGUAAAUUCAUUUUAUAUCUUAUUAUAAGAUUCCUUGAUAAUAUAAAGGGCACAUAUUUUUCUUAGUUUUCACCUAGUACUCAUGUGAGUAUAUUUUAUUUUAACAUUUGGUACACUAUAUAAAGUCAGUUGUUUCAUCGUAUUACAUCUUGUAUAAAUAAACGCAAGUCUCAGAAGUACUGUUUAGUUGUCAAUGAACUUCACUUUUUUACGAUACACGAUUCCUAUUAUGGUUUUCUUAAAGAUAAAAUAGAAAAUUUUCACCUCAAAGCCUAAUUUAUCUGUUUUACAAUGGUUAACUGGUAAAUAGUUGUUGGAAUAUACCUUGUAUUGUUAAAUUAAUAAAAUAUUAGGACUUGAUUAAAUGAAUUGACAAACAAAAUCAGCAAAGUUAUUGUUACAUAAAACUGAUAUACUAACCGGAUUAUAAGUCUUGUCUUGAGAAGUUAUUGGUAUGGUUCAUAUAGUAUCUUUACCUAAAAGAAUAAACUUAUGUUAGUUUUAUUAGAUUAUUAAUCAAAUUGAUUUUAUAUUAUGAUUUUCUGUAUUUUUGGUUAUCUAUUUUUUGUUAUUGCUGAUAGGUGAAGUAAUUAUAUUAUUAUUAGAAACACUAAUAAAAGUGGAGGUCGUUAUUCAAGGGUAUCAUAGUACAGUACCAAUAAAAAGUUAUAUAAAUUCCUUUUGAAUAUGUUACGUUGUAAGUAUCCCUAUUUAAGCAAAAAAAAUACCAUAAAUUAAUUCUUUUUCAUACAGUCAAGAUGGGUUAAUUUUACAAAAAAAAAAUAUAAAUGUCUGUAUAUUAAGUUAUUUUGAAAUCUUUUUGUAAAUAUUGAGUGAUUAGUGGAGUAAAUUGUAGUAGAGAAAAUACACUAGAAUUUUUUUACACUAGAAUUUUUUUACAUUGUAAUUAUUUUGAAAGAAAUCUUGGAAAGCAACUUAAUUCUCACAUCUGUCCUAAUAGAAGAGAGGAAUGCCAAAGAUUAGAACUACUUGUAUAUUUCAAGUAAUCAUGAUUUUUGUAUUAUAAUUUAGACUGCCAAACGCAGUUUUGUUAGGUAUGUGUUGUCAUGUUGAUGUUUAUUGUGGUUAAAACAAAACUGCCAGUUUGCCCAAAAAAAAACAAAUCGAGCCGAACCUAACAGUUCAACAGGAAUGUAAUUUUUUAUCUUACACAAUAAAUCGGGUAUAUCGAAUUAUCUUUAUUUGCACCGGACAAAAUUUCACGAUGUCCUAAAUGUUAUCAUUUGUGUAAAAACUAUUAUCUAAGAUUAGAUUGUAGUUAUUGAAAUGUAUAUCAAAUUAUAUCCAAAUGGUCAGUGGAAUAAUAAUUGUUUUAAUAUUUUUUUUAUUGUGACAUUUAGGAUGUAAAUAAAUGUGUACGAAUUUGU